AUGGAUGCUGGCUGCAAGAAACAGAGGCUUGGUUCCUGGGAGUCUUUUCCGGAUCUUUCCACAGCAGCAUGUGAGUUGAGGGCUGCUUCGACAGUCUCAAAACUCGAAUCAUGCGCGGGGGAAGAGGGGUGGAAGGACGUCGAAGCUUUCUAUGAGAGGUUGAAGAACCUGCAGAAGACUUGCGAGCUAAGCAGCCCGUGGUACAAGCCCAUCAUUGUGAGUGUGGAAGGCAUUGUUGAAAGCAAGGGUAGGGGUUUUGGUCAAGGCUUGGAAGGCGAGUGCUCCAAGUCCUCCGUGCGUCUGGCAUGCGCUCCACCGGCCUCGUUGAGUGUUGUCAAGGGCAUCUUCGACAAGGUUGGAGGGGCAGUUGCUUGGGCUUUCAAGGUCGUGUCCAACUACAUGGCUGUGCAGGAAUGCAAGGAUGUCUGCAUGGCUGAGCGUACUCUGGGAGCAUCCUGCGACGAUCUAUGUAUGGCGUGGCCACCAGGUUUAUUGAUGCCCAGUUUGCAGCUGACUUUGGUCCCGGAUGCCGCGGCAAGCAGCCCCGAACUGGCGAAUGUGCACAAGGCUUUGCAGAGUCUCGACGUGGAGCAGAUCAGUCUGAGGGUGAACAGCCUCAGCGAGCAGGAACUGCUGGACCUGGCCCGAGGCGAGAUUGACAAGGCAGGUGAAGAGGUCCCUGCUUCCAUGGUGCUGUUGCUUGGCAGCUAUCCCUUCCAGCAGCAGUGGAGGGGUGAAGGUCUGGUAAGGAAGAUGCGAUGGGGAUCCCCGCCGCCACCUUUCAGCCUGGCUUGUGCUAUGCAGCGGUGCAAGGAGCUUUGCCAGCAUGAGCUGGCAGGGCCUUCGGAACGGCGGAUGGCGUUGUUUGACCAAGAGGCGGUUUUAGGUGCUCGAUCUGAUGAUACUCGAUAUGGACCCUCCACUGCUUACAUCUUCAUUCCCUACAGAAUGGAAGUUCUCAUCGGGCAUCCGCCAGCCCCCGGUGGUACUCGUAGAUGUGAAUGGCAUCGCUCAACUUCCAGGCUUUGGGAAGGCCCAAGGGCGGUAUUGCCCUUCUCCCCACAGCACUUAGAGCAGUCUUGGGAGCGGCCCAAGGUUCGAAAGGCUACGGUGGUCAUCAUGGGUGCUCAUACCGCAGGGAAGAGCACUGUCAGGAAGAUGGUGGCACAGAGACUCCAGUGGGAAUCUGAUGAGGAGUUGGGUACUUCCUUGCGAGGAGAGCAGGAGGAGAAGGGCAAGUACCAGGAAACGUGGGACGACAUGAUUCAUCAGGCCGAAGUUGCCCGCGAUCAGGAGCGAAUGCAGGCUAUGACAUCUAGGGUGGUGGAGACAUGGCACUUGGGAAAUUUCACAUGGGCACUCACCCGACAUCCCGAGCAGCAAGAAGACUUCCUGCAGCGCACACUGGACGCCAUUCGAAAGGAGCAAGAGGCAGGGACCGUGCUCUUGGUGCUGCUGAAGAUCAACGCUGCAACCAUGGUGAGACGGAGGGCAAAGUUCGAAACCUCCGCCUUGAGCUUCCAAGAUGAGGAGGGAGCUUAUUAA